UCACCGUGUUUUGAGUUUCAGCGCGUCUACAACAGAAGAAGAGUUGAGUCUCGUUUACAGUUUAAGUAUGGAAACUAGCGCUAAUGUGAGUCUUAUGAUCAUGUAUGAGGAUGAGUCGGUGGAUGUUCAUUACGGAAACGGAGCCCAGUUACAGCUGUCACCGUGUGGCUGUGAAUUCAUGCUGGUACAACCCUCAGACCCCUCCGGACAUCCUCUGCAGCCCACUGAGAGAGUCCGACAGAGGACAAGGUUCACCAUCAGCACUUACAAGGAGUUCAUGGUAGCUGCAUUGGCAUUUAGGAAUAAAUAUGCAGGUCGACCAUAUCUGCCAGAGGAGCUCAUUCCUGCUGACCGCAAGAAGCCUUUUUUCAGCAUCAGCUCAGACGUGCAGUGGCCUGAGUGGUCCUCUUGUGAUGCUGAGCUUGGACCUGGAGGCCAGACCAUCAUCAGGUCGGAGAGAGGAGAAGCUACGUUGAUGCUGUCGCCUUCAGGUGAAGAAUUCUCUGUGGAGUUCACAUGCAGCCUCAGUCAGACUCAAAAUCAGCGCAGCAGCUUGCAGGGUUUGAGCAGAGACGCGGACAUUAGUCCACGCAGUCAACAGCAGCUUGUGAGUGAUGUGACCUGUCAGACCACCAGUGAUGAGACCAAAGAGGUUCACCAGGGAAGAGGAAGCAGAAGGAGUGAGUCUAUCAGAUCAAGGUCCUGUUCUCCUCGGAUUAUCAGCACUACUCAGCCAAAGCCUGAGGAAUCCAAUCAAUCCACCACAGUGGUCCAACAUCACUCCUGCUGUGCCGUUGACCCCAUCUGGUCCUACCCUCUCUCCUUGGCUCGCCAUCUCUGGACAGCUCGUCUCUCUAAACCUAAAGAUGUCAGACCAGAAGGAGAAAGCGACCUCACCCAGGAACAAGGGAGAACAAACAUGUCAGACAUCUCCACUGCAGAAAGACAGUCUCACCUUCCUCGGUCGUUGCCUCUCACAUGUGCAUCACCACACUGGCACAGGUGGAAGGUGAAAGACCCCCUGUCCAAGAGAGAACAUUCAGAACAAGAUCUUCCAACAGAGCUGGUGAAAGUGAUGUGGUGUCAAGGAGUCACCUACAGGAUACUGAGCGGGGUGGUCUCAGUCAUAGAGGUUUCCCCGGGAGAUGGAUCAGUCAUUCGGUCUAAUGGUGUCCUUAACACUUAUUAUACCCAUCACAAACCUGAGCUGCUGUCAGGGCAGGUGAAGGAGGUAACAUACCAUCUGAACAACCUUCCACCUGACGUACCUGGACAGCUGUACUCUGUGUGCUCUGUUGUGAGUCGUGCAAGCAGGAUCCUCACUUGCCACAAUGAGGCCAAGGAAUCGCUGAAGCUUCCUGCCACACCCAGCUGCUUGAAUGAGGGAGGACAUGUUUCUAAACUGGCGAGGCAUGAAGAAAAUCUGUUCGAUCUUGUAUCUGUUGAGCAGCAUGUGAACGUCACACAGACAGUAGAAAGUCGGUCAGAGCUUGUUGCUGCAGAGCUGGAGAAGAUAAAAAGAUUCAACUUUCUGCUGGAGAACAACCACCUGCUAAGAAGUGAAAAAGGAUGUGUGAAACUGGAAGGUAGCUCUGCAGAAGAGGUGACUCAUGAACCAGUGAACGAGAACUGCAUCGCUGAGGCUCUUCAGAAAACAUCCAAAGCCAUUCAGGACAUCGAUGCUCUCAUAUCCGCAGCCACGCUGACUUGAAAGAGUCCUGCUAAAGAGAAAAGUUUAAGAAGAAUCUUGGAAGAAUCACCAAUAUAAGAGAUGCGUGUCGAGACUGAAAUAAAGAUCAUUAAUGUAUGUUGAUACUGGAACAUCGCUUUUUGCUUUUUGCAAUUGCUGGAGGUUGUACUCAACUACACAGUCAAACUCUGGCACAACUCCAAUAGCAUUCAUACAGAAAGUGUUUUCCCAGUUGCUAAUUACCAUGUAUUUGUCACCACACAGUCCCUUCCUGUCAGGGUCAGAGAUAAGAACUUGCAGUGGUGCAAAAUAGCUUUAACACCUUGAUGUUUCCUCCCUACACCCAUGACAGAUUGUGGUUAUAAGUUUUAAAAAGUGUCAGUAUGAUAUGCACUAUUUAAGUGUUGAUGUAGGUCACUACUCAAACAAGCUGUGGUCGUGUGUCGGACCAUAUGCCCCAGCUGCAAUAGUAUAAUUUAGGGCAGUGCUGACAGCCCAAAAAAGGCUACAAUCAAUUGUUUCUCUAAAAUGUUUUUAUUAAAUGAUUAAAAAAGGAUAGAAAAGACAACAAUAAAAAUAAUACAAAUAUACUCAACAUGCCAAAUUGUCUUUUUAUUCAUGUUUGCAUUCUUCCUCUUCCA